AUGAAAACUUUGAUCCAAAGACACAACGUGAAUGGACACAACCUUGAUAUUCGCUACAACAAAGGGAAGUUUGAGUUUGCUCAUAGCCAGGGCACCCACGACAAUGGCAACUUUGUGGAUCGGAUGAAGAAUGAGAUCGAGGCGUCUCUAAGGGAGGACCCUGAUUUGAUCUUGUUCCUGGACCUCCAGUUGGAUGGACAACGUCAUGAGCUCGACAAGGAGGACCUCCAGACAAGGAAGCAACAGAAUGAGUAUCUCCUUCCCAAACUACAGCAGGAGUUUGACAAGAUGCCAUACAUUCGAGACAUGAUGUUCAACCAUGCUGACCCGCGUUGGAAGAAACACACGGAUUGGCCUACUCUUGGAGAACUGCAAAAGGCAAACCAGAGACUUGUGGUUGUCACGGAUGCUUCUGUCAUUGCUGACGGAAACUUUGGCAAGGGUAGAAUCAUGCACAAUUCCCCAUCAUGA